CUCCUUCCCUCCUCCCCUCCUCAUCCCCUCUCCUCUCAUCCUAGAGGACGGAGCGUUGCGGAGACAAUAGGACGCAGAGCCGGAGGAGGCUGCAGGAUGCUCGGCUCCACAUCCCUCGUCUCUCGGCUGCUCGGAGGCUGCUCUCGGCUCUCAGACACCCGGCGCUCCUCGCGACUCUCCUGGCUUUAGUAUGCGCUCAGACCCCGCGGUGUGUUCAGCUGCAGCCCGGGCUCACAGGGCGGAAUCCACGGCCCCCCUGUGGGAACCCACUGACGGUCUCACCAGGUGUUAGCCGCUGCUGCUCUCGCCCUUCCUCAGCGUCCGCUCCCCAGUUUCUUCCUGCGGUCCUUCCCUGAAACCGUCCCCACAAUGAGUUCCUCUCCGCUGGUGUCUCGAGCCAAUAUGGACAUCCUGGACGAGCUGCAGCUGAUCGCAGCCCAGAACCUGGAGAGGCUGGAGGUCAACAAGUACUACGAGGUGAUCCGAGAGCUGGGCAAGGGCACCUACGGCAAGGUGGACCUGGUCAUCCACAAGAUCCGAGGUACAAAAAUGGCGCUGAAGUUCCUGAAGAAGAAGACGACCAAGCUGAAGUCGUUCCUGCGGGAGUACAGCAUCUCGCUCUACCUUUCGCCCUGCCCGUUCAUCAUCAACAUGUUCGGCAUCGCCUUCGAGACCGACGAGUACUACGUGUUCGCUCAGGAGUACGCCCUGGCAGGAGACCUCUUCGAUAUCAUUCCUCCCCAGGUGGGUCUACCUGAGGCGGUAGCAAAGCGCUGCGUGCACCAGGUGGCCAUCGCCCUGGAUUACCUGCACUGUAAGAAGCUGGUCCACAGAGACAUCAAACCUGAGAACAUCCUCAUCUUCGACCGAGAGUGCCGCAAAGUCAAGCUGUCCGACUUCGGCAUGACCCGCCGAGCCGGCUCACCGGUCAAACGGGUGAGCGGCACCAUCCCCUACACGGCCCCCGAGCUCUGUGACGUUUCUCGCCACGAAGGUUUCUGCGUGGACUACAGCACGGACGUGUGGGCGUUUGGCGUGCUGCUCUUCUGCAUGCUGACGGGAAACUUCCCCUGGGAGAAAGCUCUGCCGUCAGACUCCUUCUACCAGGAGUUCAUCCGCUGGCAGAGGAGGCGGACCAACACGGUGCCGUCGCAGUGGAGGCGCUUCACCGAGCAGGCGCUCCGCAUGUUCCGCCGGCUGCUCUCCGUGGAGCAGGACCGCCGCUGCUCCGUCAAAGAAGUGUUCGGAUACUUCAGCCACUCCUGGAUGCUGGACGCCGAGAACAACAACAAUAACCACGGCAACAGCAACAACCACGGCAACAGCAACACCAACAGCAACACCAACAGCGGUGGCGUUGGGGAGAGGGUCGGCGGCGGCGGCGGAGGAGGUGGAGGUGGAGGUGGAGGCGUACGGGGAGAGGUGGAUGGUACUAUCACGUCAUCGUCGUCCGGCGAGGAAGACGAGGAGCUCCUUGUGGAGAGGAUGAAGCAGCAGACUUUGUCCCCGCUCUCCCCCAUGUCUCCUGUGGGGGUGGAGCGAGGAAGUGGAGUCGGGGCUAAAGGCGGGCUGAUGGAGCCAGGCGGCGGCCAUCAUUUUGUGUCCGUCUCCACCAACAGCUCCGUGUCGUCCACCAACAGCUACGACCGAAUGCCGAGAGAGAACGGAUCGCCGGGCGGCCGCAUGCUUGUGGCCACGCCCAUCGAAAUCUGUGUGUGAACGUUCAUGACGUCACAGACUCACCUGGACACACUUUUAUACCUCUCUCUCUUCAACCGCAAAGAUGUGCAUGCACGAGAAGAAACAGACGAUGAGCUCAGAAAGGAAGAGCGCCGCGGAAGACGUUCCUGGAACAAACCAGGCGCCAGUCUAAAAAAAAAAAAAAAAAAAAAAAAAAAAAAAACUUCCACACUUUGAUUGCGAUGUUUGAGAACAGACAAAAAUGUUUCCCAUUACAGAUUCUGUCACUAAAUCCCUCCUGAACCAAGACCAAAAUGUUUUUCUUAAAGCAAUACUUCCAGCAAAAAAAGCAAGCGGAGACACGGAGGUGUUAGCAUGUUAGCCGUGUGACCUCGUCAGGAAGGACGCUUUCUGAACGGCGCCGACGGACACAGGAUUUGUAUUUUUGUGUCAAAGAAAACACGAACAGUUCAAGGACCCUGUAAGAUAAAAACACCCGAGCGGAGCUUUUCAGUGUUUCAUGUGUAACAACGUGUGAGCGUGUUUGACAUUCUGUUCGUAGGACACCACGCCCUGCGGAUUCUUUUCAUUUUGAAUUUUUUUAUUCAUUUGAAUCUAAAAAGACUCAAAUCUUUUUUUUCUGUUUUUUUAUGUGAAGCAGUUUUUUUUCUCUGUUUUCUUUUUUUUUCUCGUCUUGAUUCCUGUCGUCUGAUUGGCUGCUCAUGUGGCUCCACAUACUCCGUGCACGCCGUGGUCUGUCAGUGCCACGCCGCCGUCUGCUGCCACUCUAGUCAACGCUCCUGUUUCCACAGCGAGCGCCGCGGGCCUCGCUCACGCUAACCCUAACAGACCGAGUGGGACAUGGCGUGCGCCGUCAAAAACCGUGGGUUAAAGGCCGCGGCGUGCAGAGUAUGUGGAAAUCAGGAGCUCAGAUGUCUUUGUUCUUCGUCUCGACUUCUCGACUCAGAGACUUUUUGUAAACACGUUACGUUUGGUUCUGAUUGAUCCGAAUUUCCUUGAACCUUUACGCCAAAAGUUCUGUUUGUAUUUAAUUUUAAAAAGAGAAAAAAUAAUCUUCACAUUUUCAACUGAAUCUCAAACAAACUAAAAAAAAAAAAAUCACCUUUUUAACCUGCAUGACGAGUAGCUCAAAACGUACGAAAAUAUCGAAGCGGCUUCACGAUAGAAAAAUAAAAAACGUGAAAAAAGGACAAAAAGAAACAUAAAAUGUUGUGAUGUGGAGUUUUUAUGCCGUAGCACAAUUUCUUGCAUUUUGUCCCCGAGUGAAUAUCGCCGUGGUGAGACAUCAUGGAGCUCGAAAUCUGAACCGUUUACCGUUUUCACACGGCCGCUGUUCUCCUCUGACGUCACGGCGAGCGGCUCCACUCGACAUCAAAGUGUGGAAGGGGUGAAACGAACAGGAAGGGGUUAAAUAUAACGUCUUUUUUAAAGACAAUCCACUUGUCUUUAAAGAAACGUAACCACACGGAGAAUAAUUAUCUGGAGGGACGAGAGGACAAACAUCGUUUUAAAGAACAGAUUUCAAUGUGCAGAGAUUUAUGAGCGUUUUGCAUUCACACGAGAAAAUCUGCUGAAUUAACAAAAUGAUCCCGAGUUACGAGGUGUGAACAUAUGUGGGCACAACACCAGCGUGAAACAUGUCAGCUGAUCCUGACAGAAAGCAUGAAGCCUGAGUGACGUCACCCGUCUGUUCCUGCAGGGGGCGCUGGAGUCCCAUCAAUGGCGGUCUCCAUGCUGGAAAUGCUGUCUCAGUCUAACUUUCAGUCAACCUAAAGACAGGCUGAGAGCUGGAGCUGAGGCCCCCCUGUAUAGAGGCUGACCUCAAGGCAAACAACUGGGGUUGAAUCCGACCUGUGGUUCUUUUCCCCGUUCUCACUCUCCCUGAUUUCCAUAUUUUCUCGUGUGAAUGCAAAACGCCUCCGUAGUGAUGAUCACAUCUACAAAGAUAAAGUGAAAUCGUCUUCGUUUAAACGUUUUUUUAAAACACGUCAGGACAACGUGACCGUGAGUGUCACAUCAGAGGAGGACGGCUGCUCGCUGAGCGCGGGGAAUAACUUCUUUCUAUUCAGUGUAUUGUGUUUGUAUUGCUGUUAACGUCGUGUACAUUUGACCACAUUCAGGAGCAGAAAAAAAAAAGCAAAGCAUGAGGACACAAACGAGCGUGAGGAUUCAUGACGUCAGACGGGAGCUCCGCUUCUAAACUGCCACUUUUAGUGAAGUAUCGUGGCCUCGAUGUUUUUACUCUAAAGCUGAAAGUGAUCUGUUCCUUUCUCUCAUCCUGAAGAAUUUGAAGAAAAAAAGCAGCUUUGGAUCACGCACAGGAAUGAGCGUUUAGUGACAUAAAUCUGCAUGAACUCGUGUCGUGUAAACCCGUUUCUUCCGUCACAAGCCGUAGCUCGCUGUAGACGCCGUGUAGCUGCACACAACAUGUCUCUUUAUCCCAUAGUCACACACACACACACACACACACACACACACACGCCUGACAGAGGGUCACAUCAACACAGCCAACGCUUACAUAAACGGCGUGGAGCGCGCUCCUGGAUCAACAUGAUAAUGAAUACAUCUUGUGACAAUCUCUGAGCUCAUCAGGAGCUCCUGACUCAGAACAAAGGACUCACACACACUGUCCCACAGCUGUGUGUGUGUGUGUGUGUGUGUGUGUGUGUUUGUGUGUGUGUGUGUGUGUGUGUGUGUGUGUGUGUGUGUGAGGGGGGCGGUCACAUGAUGCAUUAAGAGGAGAACACGCGGCCUGUUUAUCACCUCAUCGUUCAAACAACAAUCCUUCUGCACAUCCUCAAAUGUUGUUCCUCACAGUCGCCGAGGAGGGAGACUGAUGCUCCUGAUCCAGGUUUUGGUCUUGCAGCAGGAAUUAAACAAACGCGUCUGAAUCGAACUCCAGAUCACAAAAACUCUGCAACAUGAAAAUAUAACGUCUGUAAAAAGAUAUUUUAUUAAAAUAGAAAAGAAGACGCGUCACUCCACACUGACUGAGCCGCUCCGAUAGACGGCUUCCACAUGUUGCACACCUGAACAUAUCUAGAUCAUUUCAGGGGGACUGCUGCGGGUAUUCUCCUGACCUGUUCACACAUGCUAACAGCAGGAUGGGGGGGGGGGGGGGGGGGGGGGCGUGGUCUCCUGAGGUAAGACCUGACGUUAAAAGAACGGCACAGUAGUUGCAGACGAGGAAACAGAGUCCUCUAUACGACGCUAUAAUGAGAAUAUGUGUCUUUCUAUCAAUGCUACGUGUAGUUGAACAGAAUCUCAAUGUGAACUAAAGAGUGGAGAAGAACAUACUGGAGAACAGGAAACAUAAUGCAGCAGGUUCAUUAGAGCACGGAGAUGGUAGAGGUGGCGUGCAGACAGUCUAUGGUCGUGCAGCGAUCACAGGGAAUAAACGUCACCACCCCCUCCCACUCGCUCCAGGUGAAUUCUCCUGAUUAUAUCCUGCUGCGUUCUCACAUCAGCUCACUCUGACUUUCUGCAGAAUAAAUACGAGGAGGCUGCAGGAGAAACUCCGGGUGAAGAGAGAAACAUUCAGCUGUUUGUGUUCACACAUGACGCUCAGCACGGGAAUAUCAGGACGUUUUCAGUAGGUGGGAAAGCAGCCUUACAAGAUGCUAUGAUGGAUUUACAUGAUGGAUUUGUUUUGUGGGUUUCAGUGUGAUGAAAGCUACUUCUUAUUCAUUAAGCCCCCCCCAGCUCUGACGUGCUGUGUUGUUGUGGUGCAGCUCCGGUGUCUCUCUGUCCGCUCACGUCUCACAGCCUCAUCAUGACUUUGGUGCAGUUUUAGUGAGUAGAUGAUCACAGCACUAGAACUCGUAUCCGGUUCUGUCUUUGCAAUACGACUGUCUUCCUGUAAACUGAGAUGAAGUCAAUAAAAUAAAAACAUUCUUGUUGGGA